UUUCAUUUUCAGAAAAUAAACAAAACCACAUGCUAUAUAAUCAGAUACCGCACUUGUGUGCAAUUUUUAAACUUUAACGGAGAUAAAAUUGUAACUGCAUAGCCUCUGAAAUAGAACAUGAGUGCAAAUGAGCAGGAAAACAAUUGCGAGAGCAUCCACCAAUAUGUACAAACGCAUAAUUCAACCGAUCCAGAAAUAAAUAUCUUGUGCCAGAAGUGGAUGAAACUGUGCGAGGAACUAGAUAUAAAUCUUCAAUAUGUCAGGAGUAAAAUGGACGACUGGUUCGUUGAAGUGUACAGGUCAAGAGAUCACUUAGAUGACAGAGUUGAGGACAUAGCUACCGGGAUAUCUCAGACAAGGAAGUUUGCAUUGUACUGGAAGUUUUUGGAUGACUUCGAAAAAGUGAUCAGUGAAGAAACAGAGGUUAUAAACAAAAUCCAAAUGGCGGCAGCUGGAGAGAAAAUAAAGGAAACGUUUGGUCAUCAUAGAGAGGACUGGGUAGACCUUGCUGUACAGUGUGUGUGUGCUGAAGUGGAUCUCCUCAGUAACUACUCGACAGCACGCAUGCAGACUGUCCAGAUACAGAAAGCUAUACAAAAAAUCGAAAAAGACAUAAACAGCGCUGGACAGUUACAGGCGGUCAUAAAUGACAACUUAAAGACUUUUCAAAGCAACGUGUCUGCUCUCAGAGAUCUGUACGAAAAUAAAGAAGAAAAAGAACAACAUUUAAGAGACUACCAGGUGGUACGUCCAGCAUUACAGCGACAGAAUGGAAGUGUUCCAGACCAGCAGUAUUUCAAGUCGCAGAUAGAUCAGAUAGGCCGCGAUAUAAACAAAUUCAUAGUUGAGUUACUAUCACUACAACAGAAAGUGUCACAGACGUUUGAAGACCUUUACGAUGUCUUGAAAGAGCUUGUUGACAACUUGAAGUCAAAUGUUAAGGAAUGGCAGCGGGAGUUUAAGUUUAAUUAUGCAGAAUUGGUGGCUUCGCCAGAUCUAGAUAAAAUUGCACCAUGGUGCGCUCUUACUGGGCAAAUAAUACACGAGGUUUUACAUGGUAGUAUUGUUACCUGGCAGAAUAUUUUGACCAGCGUUCAAAAUGAGAUACCAGGAGGAGACUGUCAAAUAUACAUACAGAAUUUCCAAACCAUUUUGACAGAUUUUAUUCAAAGUACUUUUGUUGUAACUGAACAAGGGAAUUUCUUUAUUAAAACGGGCAACAAACGCUUUCCCAAGUUCUCUGUAAGGGUAUUAGCAGCAGAUCGCUUUAGCAAACAUUCUGAAGUAACUACAGCACAUUUCAUUUCUGAAGAUGAUCUUAAACAGUGUUUGCAUGGACGUGACCGAGACCUUAACGUCAGACGACUGGAGAAAUUCGAAAAGAAACUGAAAUCUAAUAGUAUCAAAUUUUCAGCAGAGAAUGGAAAAGAUAAAAUGGAGUGCUGUUUCCAGAAUUUGCAGUUUGCACAAUCAUUUAAAAGAUCAAAUAAAGAAAUAAAUAAACAAGUUCAUGAAGAGAAAUACAGAGUUAUUUUUGUUACCCAAAUGGAGUCUGCAACCUGCUGGACGAUGUCACUCCCUCUUGUAGUAACUACAGCAUCCAACCAGGAAGCUCACAGUCUGGCCUCUAUCAUGUGGCAAUGCUACUCCACUGAUGUGUAUUCUCCAGGCAGUGAUAUACCAGAGGAACUCCCGUGGUCAGAGGUUGGUGAAAUGUUACAAAUGAAAAUGGCCAGAUUAUCAACACAACACCGACUGUCUCCGGAAAACAUCAAACACCUCAAAGACAGAUUGUUUGGUGAUGAGAACACACCAGAUGAUGAAUCUGUGACUUUAACACAGUUCUGCUGGAACUAUAUGCAAGACACAGAGUUUUCAUUUUGGAAGUGGUUUCUUGGUGUUUAUAACCUGAUAGAGCAGUAUCUUCAGCCAUUCUGGAUUGACGGAUUGAUCAUGGGUUUUGUGAAGAAAGAAACUGCAGAGCAAAUGUUAGAAAGAUGUGACCAAGCAGGGACAUUUAUACUGAGGUUCUCGGAUAAACAUUUCACAAACAGUGAUGGAAGGAAAAGUGUGUACGGUCGUCUGACAUCAUGUGUAAUUGUUAUGAAAGAAGUCAAAGGUAAUAAAAGGAACAGUUCAAGUCAGCUAGAACCAAUCAAAAAAAGAGUUAUUGAGCACGUAGAUGUUGCUGAUUUUAAGAAACUUGGAGGCGAGUUGAAGAAACAAGAAACUGAUGAUGGUUCAAAGAACAACCUUGCCAAUAUUUUAAAGGAGACGUGGAUUAAAGGAAGAGACGGCCAGAGUCAAGUACAAAUGUACCGUUACUUGUACCCUAGUGGGAAACCUAGGGAGGAACUAUUCGAUAAAUAUUGUGAAGAAGCUUCAACGGUUUCCGGAUACAGACAUACCAGAGAAGCUUACAUUGCCAUAUUGGAACAGGCCAUGACAAAAGUGAGUCUUUCUAAACCAGAAGGCGCAUCAGUCAGUUCACUAGGAUCGGACAUGAGUGUACAAUUUGGUGCUGUAUGUACUAAAAGGCCAAGACGUAGCAGAGAUAAUGCAGACAAAAUUAAAAGAUCACCAAGGCGGAGCAGCAGCUGCCAGUCCAAUAUUUCUUCGCCACAAGGAAGUCCUUACCAAGCUCAAAGUCCACAAAGUCACAGUCAGAGUCCUUUCCAUGCCACACAGAGUCCUGGACCUCCACCAAUCAGUCCUGUAUAUCCAACUCAAAGCCCAUAUCCAAUGUCAAGUCCAGCACAAUCUGUUCCAAGUCCCGCCUUUUCUUUUCACCAGCAAACUAGUCAAAAUGUUGACUCGAUGGUACCAAGCUCAGAUGAAAAAUCCCUGCUACCAACGUUUAUCACAGAAGGCUUUCCAGUAAGCUCAACCUCGUCGCGUAUUGAGAGCCAAACGAGUAGGAUACUAAAUAAAACGCUGCCGAGUGACAAUUUUCAGACAGCAGCGAGUGUUGCAGUUUCAGGCUUUGAUGCAAUGGAAAUUUCAUCUGAAAUGAGUGAAAAUCAAAGUUUCGCUAGAGAAUUGUUCUCUCCCGAAGCAACAUUGGUAACUGAUAGUAUAUCUACAUCCACUGAAUGGGAAGUCUUUCCCAAAAGAGAAGAUAAUGUUACAUUGACAGAAGUUAUGCCAAUGGGAGGGACAGUUUUAUCAAAGGAAGGUGGCAAUAUGUCUUUUAGUGGUAACCAUAUGAGAGGAAUACAAGUUAUGUCGCAAGGAGGAGAAAGUAUGACAGCGGCAGAAUCUGGAUUUUGUGAAACAGGAGAAAACACAGAAGUGGUGUUUAUUGUGACACAGAAUAAUGGACAGUUUGGUUUGAAUAUUGGAGAAAGUAAGGAACAACAGCCAAACAUAACGUCAACAAUGAGUUCACGACCAGUUCCAGAACUUGCCAAUUAUCAGAUUCUUGGUUUGACACAAGCCCAAUUUCAACAGGUCCAAACGUGGGUGGAGGAAAACCGGAUAGCUGCAGAAACAGUAUUGCAGAAUACGCAAAGCCGAGCUGUUGAUACUGGCAUAGGGGAUACACCUGUUUCUACCUCAUCCGGCAGCUCUAGUGGAUUGUUUGAAUACAGUGCGAACCAGUUGGCGGCCAUGGGAAGUGGAGAUAUCGAUCCAAAUUUUGCAAGCAGUAUUGUGGGGCAAGACAGUCAGGAUGGGAACUGAUUCUUACUUAUCUAUGUCAUUUAUAUGACACUGAAGAGAACUAGUUUAAAGUUAAAUUUGAACAUUGAUAAACGCGAUGUCUCAGGAUGUAGCCACUAAAGAACUGUACAAAUGUCGUCUAAAACGUUAUUUUCAUAGUUUGUAUAUGUACAAAACAAUUUGUUAACAUGUUGAUGUAUUUUCUGUUGUUUAGUAUUUCACGAGGACAUGUCUGAGCUAGAUGCGUAUUUAGUUUCAAAUCCAAUUUUACUUAUUUUCCGAAAUGUGUUACUUAUUUUAAAGAUAUGCAUAAUACAAAAAUAACAUUUCAUUACAUGUAGUUUAUUUCACAGAAGUAUUUUUUUGGAAAUCCGUUAUAGGCUCUGUACUCGGAAUGGAUGAAUGAUUAAAUUCAACCUCACCUCACUUCUUAUAGUCUAAGUCCUGCUUGUUUUGACAUUUGGGAAAGCCGUCCAGCUUGCACGGUGGUUCUUCCAAGUCGCCCAAACAUGCCUGAUUUAAUACAUUGAGUCAUUAAAACCUGGGAAACCUUGUAUAAAAGAAUCGCUGACGGUAUAUAUGCCGAAGGUUUUCUUCGCGCAUUCAAGGUCUGUGAGUCGAUGUGUUUUAGUCUGAAACUUGUCGUAGACAUAAAAACGGUUCUUAUGCAAAUUGUCAUAACCUGUCUUUAGAAAAGUUAUACUGAUAAAAUGUUGUUGGGCUGUC